AUCAUCCCGAAACCACCAGAAACUUCCUCGAGGGCAUAUAAAUAACGGCUAGUUCUCCUUCUCCUACAUCGAAUCAAAUUCUGAGCUUUCUAAUUUGAAAAUUAAACAACUAAUCGCAACCAGUUAUUCAAUUCACAACUAAUCUGAAGAUGUCUCUGAUUCCAAGCAUAUUUGGUGGCCGGAGAAACAGCAACCUUUCCGACCUCGGCGUUUGGGACCCUUUCCGCGACCUAUCGUUCCCGUUUCCUAAUUCCGGCGAGACGUCGUCGUUCGUCAACACUCGUGUCGAUUGGAAAGAGACGCCGGAGGCUCACGUCAUCAAGGCGGACAUCCCCGGGCUGAAGAAGGAAGAAGUCAAAGUCGAAGUUGAAGACGACCGGGUUGUUCAGAUCAGCGGGGAGCGGAAGGUCGAGAAGGAAGAGAAGAACGACACGUGGCACCGAGUGGAACGGAGCAGCGGCAAAUUCAUGAGGCGGUUCAGGUUGCCGGAAGACACGAAGAUGGAUCAGAUCAAGGCGUCCAUGGAGAACGGUGUGCUCACCGUCACCAUUCCGAAGGCUGAGGUGAAGAAGCCCGAUGUCAAGUCCAUUGAAAUCUCCGGUUAGAUGAUGAAUAUCGCGUCAGUUUGGAUCUGAAAUUUCAUAACAUGUGUGAUUUUGCCCUGGGGUUUAUGGUGUGUUAAUGUAAUGGUGAUUAAUAGUAAAUGUGAAAAAUAAAAUUACUUCUGUCUAUUCAAAUAUCAUCUCUUUUCUUUGGGUCAUUGUGUAGAAUCUCUAUAAAAAAUGUCAUACAUUGAUAGUAUUGAUCUGUUAUUUAUCAUUAUCAUCUAAAUAAACAACCAAUUCCUUCCGCUCA